CUUGUCAACAGUAAAGCUAGCCAGCGCGAGUUAAGACGAAAUGAUUUUCACUAUGCUCGUGUUAUUGGAACAAAUUUUGCUAAUACGAUUCUUGCUAAUUCCCGGUCGAUGCCGGUUAGUUAGUUAGUUGAAUAAAUAAUUCCUGUGUCCUCUCCAGUUACAGCUCAGACCGGCCACCAAAGUGAGGAGGACAUGACACAACUGAGUGUCCGUCGCUGGACGCCCAAACAUGUGGCCAAGUGGCUGAAGGAAGAGGGGUUCUGCGACUAUGUGGACCUGUUGUGCAACAAGCAUCGACUGGAUGGUACCAGUCUCCUCGCCCUCACUGAGUAUGACCUCCGUUCACCGCCUCUGGAGCUCAAGGUGCUGGGGGACAUCAAGAGGCUGAUGGUGUCCAUCCGCAAGCUUCAGAAACAGAACAUUGAUGUGUUGGAGGAGCUAGGUGUUCCCUUUGAUGGCCACUCUCCUACAGGUUCAGGAGCCAGCUUGGACUGGCUGUGUAAUGGAGAACCAGGCAGAGACUGUGACAGCACAGACACAGCACCAGUUGGAGAGGAGUAUCACCAGUACACAAAUGGGAAAUACAAGCAGCAGAUGAGGCGCCUUGAUCCUGAAUACUGGAAGACGGUGCUAAGCUCUGUCUAUGUUGUGUUUGUGUUCGGGUUCACGUCCUUUGUCAUGGUGAUAGUACACGAAAGGGUGCCAGAUAUGCGCACGUACCCUCCACUGCCAGAUAUUUUCCUAGACAGCGUGCCUAGAAUACCGUGGGCCUUUGCCAUGGCUGAAGCGUGUGGGGUGAUCCUCUGUAACAUCUGGCUGCUGGUUCUGCUGCUGCAUAAACACAGGUCCAUCCUUUUGCGGCGCAUGUGCAGCCUGAUGGGGACGGUUUUCAUGCUGCGGUGCAUCACCAUGUUUGUCACAUCCCUGUCUGUGCCAGGACAACACCUGCAGUGCUCAGGAAAGAUGUACGGUGACAUGUGGGCCAAACUGCAGCGGGCCAUUGCCAUCUGGAGCGGUUUUGGGAUGACUCUGACUGGAGUGCAUACAUGUGGCGACUACAUGUUCAGCGGCCACACAGUCGUCCUCACCAUGCUUAACUUCUUCGUUACUGAGUACACUCCACGAAGCUGGAACUUUAUUCACACCUUGUCCUGGGUCCUCAAUCUCUUUGGCAUUUUCUUCAUCUUGGCUGCUCAUGAACACUACUCCAUUGAUGUGUUCAUAGCCUUCUACAUCACUACCAGACUCUUCCUAUACUACCACACCCUAGCCAACACCCGGGCCUACCAGCAGAGUCGGCGAGCCCGCAUCUGGUUCCCCAUGUUCUCCUUCUUUGAGUGCAACGUCAAUGGACCAGUCCCUAACGAGUACUGUUGGCCUUUCUCUAGACCUACCGUGAUGAGGAGGCUGACAGGGUAAUGAACCAGGGCAGUACUGCCAGAUGAGUCUUAUGUGGUGCUGUUUCAUCUGCUUUGUGAAGUUGCCAACUAAAGAGUUCUGGGAUGUCCUCAACAAUGACAAUGGAUGUGAUCCUGUCAGGGCAGGACUGACAGGCCUGAUGGGAUACACAGAGCCAUAACCUGCUUCUUCUGUCUUUACUUUUAGGCAGAACCAACAAAAACUUAGUGUUUCUAAAAGACCCCAUCAACUUAGGUUUGGUUGGGCAGAGUGGAAAUUUGUUACACUCAAUGCUUUCUUAUUUUUUUCUUCAAAGGGAUUUGAUUUCAUGUAGCGUAAAUAGCAUUUCAGAGUACUUCCCAACUUGAAUUGCACCUAUUAAAAAGAAUUUAGACCACACUCAAUAGAAGAAAUCCAGGUAUAUGUUUAUAGUUAUCUACUACUUUCUGUACAAAUACAGAACCUGAUCAUGUCAAAGUUUUGAUCUGGAUUGAAGGAAGUUUUUUUUUUUCUUAUAUCCCAGACUAAUUUCUACUCAGAUCACUGUUAAAGCAAUAUGUAUAGAUCUACAUUACGCUGUACAAGAAGUAUCAGUUUUUGUGAUGUUUAGUUAAGGAUGCCAUAAACUGUUUCUACAUUCCUUAAAAUCAUCAUGUCACUUUUGAUGAUAUUAAAAAAGACUGAGAUAAAUUCAUGGUUACUGUUAGAUAAACAGCAUUGAAUCAAGUGUCUCUUGCUUGAAGUUUCUGUUGACAUAGCCUGCUUUUUUCCUAGAAAAGAUACAUUCAAGGUAAUGUCACUAUCAGCCAAAUACUUGGACGAUUUUGUCUUAAUACCAUUUGCCAACUUCCUUGAGUGAUUUAAUGAUAGAUUUCAUUGUGUAGAAAAUGUUAAAGAUCUUUUGAUGUUUACUGUUAAAUAUGUGUCUAAUUUUUAGGUAAAAUAGAUUACAAUGCUUUGUAAAUUACCAGACUGAGACCAAGUAUGAGCUUUCCCUGAAAUUAAUGCUUUGACAUUAAGUUGUACUGAACAGACCCUAAAAUUUGUAUGCGUUUGUUUAUAUUAAUUUAUUUCCUUUUAUAAAUGUUGAUAAGUAUUUUUAUAUUUCCUCAUACAGAGUUACAGCAACACGCACAUGGAGAAAUAUGUUUACAGUUGCUUUAAACUAUGUAUUUAAAACAUAAUGUGCUUUUUAAGUGUAAUGUUGAUUUUGAAAUUAUGCUCUACAUCUCAUUUGGUGAAAUUUGCCACUGUAGUCAGAAACUGUCGCUUUGGUCAUUGCAGCAUGUAAGAAACAUGAACAUGCUAACAUAACUUUUCAUUACGAAAAGUUGUGUUCAGAUCCAUGUUACAUGUUUGUUGUCAGUCGUUUUCAACAUUAAAGAGCUAAAAAACAGUUUUUGUAUGUUU